AUGAGGCGAUUUCUAGGUUUUAUUCAUCUACUGUCUGGGUUUGCUUAUGCUGCAUUUCUUCGCGGCAAUGCCGUGAACGUUGAUUCUCUUGACCCUCUGGGAAAGAGCGCGCUCGCCUUUCCCAAGCCGGGCUAUCACAACGGAUGGGGGACAUUCGACCAGCUAAUCGACCACUCAGACCCCAGCCUGGGCACGUUCAAACAGAGAUACUGGUACAGCACCCAGUAUUGGAAGGGUCCCGGGUCCCCCGUCGUCCUGGUCAACUCCGGCGAAAGGAGUGCUGAGGGGACGGACAGGGCGUACCUCAGCGAUGCCCUGCUGCCAGGUCUGUUCGCCAAAGAGAUAGGCGCGGCGGUCAUCCUCAUGGAGCAUCGAUACUGGGGACGAUCUUCCCCAUUUGACACGUUAACGUCCGAAAACUUGAAGUAUCUCACCCUCGACAACAGCCUGAAGGAUAUCAUCAACUUCGCCCAAACUUGGGUGCCCGACUUCGAUCCGAGCGGGAGUAGUUCGCCUCAGCGCUCACCUUGGAUAUACACGGGGGGUUCCUACGCCGGGGCCUUGGCCAGCUGGCUCGCGUCGUUGUAUCCUGGAACAUUCUGGGCUUAUCACGGUAGCAGCAGCGUUGUGCAGAAUAUCGGCAAUUUCUGGCAGUAUCAUCGCCCCAUCCAGGAGGCGACGCCGCAGAAUUGUAGCAGGGACCUCGGUCGGGUGAUCGACUACAUCGACGACGUGCUCUUGAAUGGAACAGAGGAUGAGAAGUUGUUCUUGAAGUCUAGAUUUAAGCUGGAAGAACUUCAAGAUGCUGACUUUGCGGCUGCGAUCGCAAGCGGACCGUGGCUGUGGCAGAGAACACAUUUCUCCGACCAAAGACAGAAGGGCUUCAACAAAUAUCAUAAGUUCUGUGAUUACAUCGAGAAUUCUGUGUCAUGGUUUACCUGGACAGUCCCCGGAGCCUCGGGGGUUGGACUAGAGAAGGCGCUCCAGGGCUAUGCUCGGUGGUUUACACAGGUACAUCUUCCUAGCUAUUGCGAAAGAGAAGCUGGCUACGAAGGCUGGAAGGGAAGGUUCAACACUGGCUGCUUUGACAGCCUCAAUCCUUCCAACCCUGCCUACCACGACCUCACGGUCAAUAACUGGGCCAACCGUCAAUGGAACUGGAUGCUGUGCAACGAGCCAUUUAAAUGGUGGCAAAACGGCGCACCGGAGGGCACACCUACCAUCGUUUCAAGAUUGCUGGACAGUGAGUACUGGGAGUCGCUGUGUCACCUUUACUUCCCUGAGGGGGGCUACGGGAUCCAGAGAAAUUUGACCGUAGAGAAAAUCAAUGCGUGGACGGGCGGCUGGGCCGUCCACCCCAUCACGCGCCUGCUCGAGUCGAACGGCCAGUUUGACCCGUGGCGAGACGCGACCGUGAGCGCGGUCGAUCGGCCUGGAGGUCCUAUGGCAAGCACUCCAGACCACCCGGUCAUUUUAAUGCCCGGCGGUGUUCACUGCUCGGAUUAUUACAAGAAGGAUUGGGACAAUAACCUGGAAGUCAAGCGCACUGUUGACGAGGAGAUCAGGAUAAUGAGAAGAUGGGUGCGCGACUUUUACGAGCACGGUGGAGAGGCAAAUGGGCAUCCAAAUGAACAAACGAGUGGGCAGACGCAGAACAACGGGCAAACAAAUGGACAGGCCAGUGGGCAAUUAAUUGGCCAAGUGGUUGGGCAAAUUGGGGAUUUACGAAGAUGA